UUUCUGUUAUUUAAGGGUGACACCCUCGUUCUCUCUCCCUCUGUCAGUGUAUCGCUAGGGUUUCAUUUCUUAUCCAUUGGUUCUCCUCCAUUAUUCUCUCUCCCGUGCCUGUGGCUGUUGUUGUCGAGAUACCUUUCACUCUGUUCCCACUGCUUCUCCUUCAAUUAGAUUAUCUCUUCAUCUCUUCAAAUUGAUUUUCGAUGCUUUCUGGUUUUUAAUUCAAUAAGGAAAGUGGAAAGGGAUUCCAUCAAAAUCUCUCGUUUGUUCGUGUUGUGGAGCUCUCUUCAUGCAUUUCGUUUAAUUCUGGGGGUCUGCGGGAUUUAGGGUUGUGUUGGAAUUUCGAUACGAUUCCCAGAUCCUUUGGGCUUCUAAUUGCUCCAUCUCAAGUGUUGAUUACAGGCUAUCCUUGUGGUUCUGUAAAAUUUAGGGUUUUUGGUUGAUGCUUUCGGUGGAUCUGAUUCUGGCUAGUGGGUAUUGUUGAGGGCGAUCUGAAAUUGAAGGGAGUGAAUUAGCAAACCCCCUUUCUGUACAAGUGAGAAGGGCAGGAAAAAUAAGAGAAGGAAAGAGGAUUUUUCUCCUGCUAUUUUGAGUGAGGAUGCCAGCGACGGAUUACCAGGGUUCUUCAGUUCCUUUCUCCUCGAUAGGUCGUUCGAUAUUGAGUAUUAGGCGUGAUCAAAUUCAUUCCAUGGAAGGGAACCAGGAAUUGGAGCUCGAGGCGUUUCAGAGACAGGUCGUUGAUCGGUUCAAUGAUCUCCAUAUCGUUUCCGGCGAAGAUCUGCUCUCCCUCUCAUGGAUCCGUCGCCUUCUUGAUUCGUUCCUUUGUUGCCUGGAGGAUUUUAGGGCUAUUUUGUUCAACAGGAAGGCUAUGGUCUCCAGACCUCCCUUAGAUCGCAUGAUCAACGAAUUCUUUGAGAGGAGUGUGAAGGCGCUCGAUGUCUGCAACGCUAUCCGCGAUGGACUUGAGCAAAUCCGACAAUGGCAGAAACACUUGGAGAUCGUCCUUUGCGCCUUGGACUCCCGCCAGAGGACCCUUUGGGAGGGCCAGUUCAGACGGGCGAAGAAGGCGCUGACGGAUUUGACAAUCGCGAUGCUGGAUGAGAAGGAUUCUGGCUCCGUUUUUGCCCACAGGAACCGUUCGUUCGGGAGGAACAACAAUAGCAGCGGCAAGGACCACCGUGCAGCAGGGCAUUUCCGUUCGCUCUCCUGGAGUGUCUCGCGCUCUUGGUCAGCGGCCAGGCAGCUUCAGGCGAUCGGGAACAACUUGACCCCUCCCCGUGGCAACGAAAUUGUCGCCACCGGUGGGCUGGCAGUCCCCGUCUAUACCAUGAACUGUGUGCUUCUGUUCGUAAUGUGGUCUCUCGUCGCUGCCAUACCUUGCCAGGACCGUGGCCUGCAAACCCAUCUCUCCAUCCCCCGCCAUUUCCCAUGGGCAACCUCAAUUCUUUCACUCCAAGAGCGGAUCACGGAGGAGUCCAAGAAGCGGGACCGAAAGAAUGCAAGUGGAUUGCUGAGGGAGAUCCAUCAAAUAGAGAAAUCUGUGCGGCACUUGACGGAAAUGGUCGAUUCAGUUCACUUCCCUUUGACGGAGGAAAGGGAGAAGGAGGUGAGGCAAGGAGCAUCGGAUUUGGGAUUGGUAUUGGAGACAGUGAAGGAGGGAUUAGACCCUUUGGAGCGCCAGGUAAGGGAGGUGUUCCAUAGGAUUGUGCGUAGCCGAACUGAGUGUCUUGAUUGCUUGGCUAAGGCAAACAGUUCUGAAUGAUCUGAAUUUUGAAGUCUGGUGUCUGGUCCAUCUUCAGUGGGUAUCAAAUUGUACAAUUUUGCAACAUAUGUUUGGGUGAUUUUUGGUUUUGAGGGUCUGCAAUUUGUUGCAGUGAAGUAGGAAGAGGAGGAGUAGUUCUACCCGAAAAAAAAAAAAAAAAAGGUAGCAUAAAAAUGAUAUUAGAUGUCCAUGGACAAUAAGAUUUUUUUUCUUUCUUUAUUUUUAAUACAUUCUGUAAAGAAAGUCAUUGGAUAGGAUCUUCCUUUUCAAUGGUGUUGUUUAUUCAGUUUGUGUCAAUUAUUGUAUAAUUUUCAUUAAUUUUCUGCAGUUAACUCAA